AUGGGGACAGAAAGAUUAAAAAAAAGUGACAAAUAGUAGAAGAAGUCUGCGGCAGACUGGCAGGAAGACAAAGAGACAGACUCUGAAAGGCAGAGGAAAUGAGAGAGGGAGGAAGAAGAAGAGAGGGAGUGUGCAGAAGACAUAGAUUGUGAGAGAGAGAGACCCAGCAGAGGAGACAGGCUGGGGAUAGACAAAAGACAGAGGUCAAGGAGAGACAAAGCAGUCUGUAAGAACACCCUACAGAGAGUGUGUAGUUCAUAGAGAGCUUUGCCACAGUAUGGUGGAGCCUUGUGAAGAUGCUGGGGACAAUGUGGUCCAAGAUCCCACCCCUCCUGAAACUUCUGUUCUUGGUCCGUACAACUGGAAUACAAACCAUGAGCAAAAAGGUGGUGUGUGGGGGCGACUCCAGAAAUGGGGGCACGCUCAGAUGCUACAGGCCAAGGGAACCCAGGGGUCCAAAAAGAAGCACCUGUCCUUCUUCAGGAAGAAGUCUUCCAGUGAGCCGCCAUCAAGGGGAUUCACGAGAUACUUAAACUCUGUGUCCCAGCGCCUCGGAAGAAAAAAAGACAUCAGCCCAGCCGUGGAUGGGAUAGAAGGGCCUGUGCAGCUUCCAGUUCCUGUCUCCGCUCCUGAGAUUCCUGUGUGGGAUAUAACAAACUUUUCCCUGAUAGAUGGAUGUCUUCUACUCACCAAAGGAGAUGAACAGGGUGCAUGCCACAUCCGAAGCCGCACCGGUAGCUCCGUGUCCAAAUACAUGCAGGAGCAAACCAACCACACAGAUGAAGUUGUAGAUACUCCUGUCCCAGAAGGAAACGUGGAUUCUGACACCAAGAACCAAUUUAAUAAUGUUAAGGGACUGAUAAGGAAGAGGAAGAAAAAGAAGAUCAGAAAGCAGGGAAGCACAUCGUCAUUGCAGCAAGAGGAGAGGAGCCUGCACGGAUCUCAGGAGUCACUGGGCGGCGUGGAAAUUCUGAAUCUUGUUAAUGAAAAGGAUGUGACCAUCAGAGCGUUGCACAGCAGUAUCCUGGGAGAGAGAUAUUGUUUUGAGAUAAUCACUGCAGAUAACAGCCGCUGCUUCGGGUGCUCCUCCCUUCAGGAACGAGAUCGAUGGAUUGAAAAUCUGCGCAGGAUUGUUCAGCCGGACAAGGAUAAUUUUGAACGUGAGGAGUCCUCCCUCAACUUGUGGAUUCAUGAAGCUAAAGGACUCCCAGUCUCAGGACCUGGAUCCCGUUCUUGCUAUUUCUGUGAGGUCCAGUUGGAUGGUGCCUUGUAUGGGCGGACUUCAAGCAAGGCCCCUGAGGCUGGAGUGGUCUUCUGGGGAGAAAGCUUUAAUCUGCGAGACCUAGCUUCUUCUCAAGGACAUGUGGCAUUACACUUGCUUCAGGAGGGGAAAGAGCCCACUGGUGUUGGGACAGUUACUUUAGCUUUGGAAGGGAUGAAAGAAGGAGUAGAGAAGUGGGUGCCUCUAGGUGGAGAGAUGGCGUUAAGAGUACGGGGCCGAUACAGAAAACUUUCUGUCCUUCCAAUGGUGCAGUACAAAGAGUUUGCAGAGUACCUCACUUGGAGAUACAUGGAGCUGAGUAGGGCAAUGGAACCAAUUUUAAGCGCCAGAGAGAAAGAGGAACUCGGACGGUCACUGGUUUAUGUCCUACAGAGCACUGGAAAGGCAAAGGAGUUCUUGGUGGACCUCGGAGUUGCAGAGAUAUCUCGGCACGAUGGACAGGAUUCAUUAAUAUUUCGGGAGAACACUAUCGUCACAAAGGCCAUUGAAGAGUAUAUGAAGAUGGUGGGACAGACAUAUCUACAGGAAACACUUGGCCCCUUUGUCUCUCGUAUCUAUGCCUCCGAGGACAGCCAUGAAGUUGACCCCUUGCGAUGCUCCCCAGAAGACCUCAGUGAGAACAGAGGGCAGUUGUGGAAAAGCUGUGAAGAGGCUGUACAGAGCAUACUGCAGUCACAAGAAUCCUUUCCUUCUGAGCUCUUAGAAAUCUUCUCAAGCUGGCAGGUGGAAGUGGCCAUGAGGGGUAGACCAGCUCUAGGUUCUCGACUCGUCAGUGCCUCCUUAUUUUUGCGCUUUCUAUGCCCAGCCAUUCUCUCUCCGGGACUAUUUAAUCUUUCAGCCGAGCACCCUCAUCCUCUUGCAGCCCGUGCCUUGACUCUGGUUGCCAAGGUGUUACAGAACCUCGCCAACUUUACCAGGUUUGGGGAGAAGGAGGAAUACAUGGGAUUUAUGAAUGGAUUCCUAGAACAGUAUGGGGAUGGCAUGUCAGUGUUUCUGCAAACUGUGGCUGAUCCAGAAAGUGAGGUUUCCCCAACACGAUACCAGAGCAGCGCUGACUUGGCUUACGAACUUGCUGUGCUUCACUCCAUGCUGAGCGGGAUCUUCACUGGUGUCCAUCAGCAAACAAAAGACCAACUGGAACCACUACCCACAAUCCUCAAGGCCCUCACUGAAGGCCAGCCUGUUCCAGCAAGCAUCACUGCACAUACUGAUUAUGAUAACAGUCAGGAGGAAAAUGAUGAUCCCAUGUUUGUGACCCCGAGAGACCUAUCAAAGCUACGCCCAUUGGUAAAUAGGAGCCAGUCAAUGAGCAGCCUUCUGCGAGAGCGCCUGCCUCCCCCCAUGAGGAGCGAAGUGCUAGAGAAGAAGAGCAGGCGUCAUGUGAUGCGCACACACAGUGUCCCAGCUCAGGGCAGAGCUGGUCGAGAGGGCAGAGGAGCAACUGAGUCCACCACUGGGGAAGACAAAGAAGAAAAAGAAGAUAAUACCAGCUCUUUAAAGAGGCCACCACGGGUGAGACCCCCAUCCACACUUCCACGGCGAAAGUCCACGGUGCCGUGGUGCAGGAAUGAGGACAUCCCUCGUCUUGGGCAAGGGGCAGAAGAAGCCAUGAACCAGGAAAAGCACCUGGAAGAAAUGAGGGGACAAAUAUCAAAGAACCGGGAGAAGCAGAAGGACCUGGAAGGGCAAAUAGUCAUGGUUUCCAGUCAGAUACAGGAGAUACUGGGGCAGCUGGAAAAGGUUGAGGAGACCCAGAGGACCUUCCAAGGGGAGAUAGUUAGACAGUUUUCUCUAAUUAUAAACAGGAUUGAGGCAUUAGAAAGGAAUAAACUACCUGAGGAAAAUCCAGUGGCAGAGAAUCCAACAGAAGACACUGAGAACCACCUACGGGCUCAAAUAAAUGAAGAACAGAAAGGUUCUGGAAGCCCCAGUAAUAUCUGCAAUGGAGAAAUUGAUCAGGAAAUCGCAUCCGUCUCAUCCGAAAGUUCCCUCUCAACAAACACCCCUGAAGCCAUUGAAGACACAGAGACAUCUUAAAAAGUCCAGCUACAACAGGGGACAACUGCCACACAAACCAACUCACUAAUCAAUGUCUUAGGAUAACAUGGGCCAACACAUGCUACUUAAAGACUAAAUUUUGUCUAUUGUAAAAAAAAAAAAAUACACUUAAAGGGGUUGUUCACCUUUAAGUUAACUUUUAAUACGAUGUAGAGAA